AUGCCAGCAGGACCCGGGCGAGGACGCGAGAACGGGCUGGGAACGACCUGGGCGCCCACGCCGUCCCCCGGAGGCGCGGGCAAACUUCGGCCCCCGGGCCUGGCUCAGCUCCCGCACUCGGACCCAGGGCCGCCCCGCCUCUGCCUCCCGAGGGGCGGGCGGCGCCCCCGCAGCCGAACUCCGGCCGCGCCGUGCGGGACCGCGCUCCCCGGCGGCCCGGCUCCUGACCCAGGUCCUCGGAGGGCCAGCGCCCCGCGUGACACCUCCCCGCGCUCUGGCCCCGGGCUGCACGCGCGAAGCGCCCGCCGCCGCCGCCUUCUCUUCCUUCCCCCCGGCGCCCCGCUGCCCCUGCGCCCGCACGCCCCGGCCGUCUCGGCCCCCGCGCUCCGCCGCGAGCCAACCUCCUGGGGUCCCGCGCCAGCCACUGCCCUUCCCUGGCGGUCCCAGGGCCCCGCGGCUCCUGGAACCCUCGCGCCACUGCCCCAGGGUCUACACGUGCUACGUAAGGUCCCCACGCUGCGCUGCGCCGGGGCCGCGCGCCCCACGCGUUUCCACGUUCUGGAAGCCGCACGCGCCUUGUCUUGUGCUUUUCCCGGGAAGUCCAAGUGCAGCGCUGCCCUUGGGCAGCUCCUGCCAGUGCGGGCCAGGGCAUGCACGCACUUUCCAGCGUCAGUCUGUUGGGACAACACUUGCCGCGCCAAGUGCCUUUCCUUCCAGGUCUGCGAACGCCACCGCCCGGAGUCCGCGUGGCCCAGCCGCCCCGCACACCCCGCCGGCGCCGGGUACUCGGACCGGGUCCUGGGGUCCGGGUUCCAGCACCUGCUGCCCAGGCCGCCGGCCCGGAGCGACGGGUCGCCUCGCAAUUGGCUCUACCACCUUUUCCCACCAUCAGAAAAUCAAGAAAGGCCUGAAGAAACCCUGCAGUCGGCCGGGCCUGUGGCCUCUCCUUACCGGUGGGGAGCAGGUUCUGGAGUUGUGAGUGCCGCUCUUCCUGGGACUUAAUGAAGAGAAAUACCGUUGCGUAGUCUUUCAGCAAACGUUGCUCACUGGUGACACGGAGGCGACCGCCGCAGUCAAGGACCUGCCGCAAGAGCUCCCCUUCUGCUGGGGAAGCCGCAGACCCAGGAAAACCACUACUGUGCAGGACUGCAGUCUGUGAGAGGGGCAAGGAAGUCCAGCAGGGUCAGGGAACAGAGCAAAGGGAAAGACCACUUCAGGGGGAUCUCUGAGGAGGUGACGUUGACACUGAGCCCUGAACAAGGAGGAGCUCAUCUUUGCAAGAUCUGGGAAGAGAGCUUUGCAGGUGGAUGGAAUGGCAAAGCCCAUGGCCCUUCUAUGGGAGGGAGAGGGAGGUGUGACUGAGGACCCUCAGGGACGCCAGAGAGGGGCACUGGGGAGGAGGUCCAGCCGGCUGUGCGGGUUUGGGGGUCAGGCGGUCCGCGCAGUGCACUUUGAGAAACAGCUCCAUGUAGUGGGGCAGGUCCCCGCCUUCCUCUCCCAUCUGGAAAUCGGCCUUUCUAUCAUUUUUCUUUGCCUGUUGUCUGUCUCACCACUAGACAUCAAGCUCCAUCAGGGUCGGGACUGCUUGCUAUCCCCCGGUAUCUUCCACAAACCAGGCGCAGAGAGACCAAGCUUCUGAAAUAAUUGUGGGUGUAACACUCAGGACAAUAUCACGGGAGAGACUUGAUGCUCCCAGUGACACCCAGGACUUGCCGAAGACCACAGGUUGAAGAUGUAGAGCAGUUCUCAAACUUCAUUGUCAUCAGAAUCCUCUGGAAGGCUUGUUAGAACCCAGAUGGAUGCCUCCUGCCGUCACUCUCCAGGCUCUGGCCUGGGGAUCACACUUUGAGAACUGCUAAUGUUGAAGACUUGAACCUCAGCCCAGCUGGGUCUGACUUAAAGCCCACAUGAGCUACCAGAUCCACUGGAGAACUCAAGCCUUGCUUCCUACUGUGGCCAGUCAGCUGCACCGUAUGAGCACCUCUGGAGAGGGGCUGUCCCUGGGGACCAGGCAUAUGAGAACACUGUGCUCCUGAGUCAAAUGUUGGGGUGACCUGUGGACAGAAGACCCUCAAACACUAGGUGGGGACCAUCAGUAAGGAUAGUCCUGUCCUCCCCCCACCUCACAGACGCAGACUUACUACUCACUUACUGUGCCCAAGAGUUAAAUUACUGCCUGAUCUUAUUCCUGACUUGUGCUAAA